AUGUCGGCCAGGCCCAUCCACAAGCACAACCACAGGCUGGGCAGGCCCCCGCCGAAGGAGCCCAACAGCACCGUGGGGCCCAGCCAGGAGUGGAAGGGGGCAGCAGCUUCUACCAGGACAACACCAGCUACGACGAUGGCCCACGUGGUGGGGCUGAAAGAGCUGAACCUGAAGGAGGAGAUCUCGGGGCAGGUGGAGCCAACGGGGGAGAAGAAGAUCAGUCAGCCAGAGGAUGAAGACUUGCAGCUCAUGCAGACCGCCGUGGGGCCAGCGGGCCACACCGACAGGGCUCCCCCAACAGUAUUCAAGCCUGCGCACCAGCGUGAGGUGCAAUAUCAAGGCCUCCAGCACGGAGCAGCCCAGACAGACCAGCCGCCCGUGGAGGCGCAGGAGCCAGCCAGCACCAAGGCCGACACGCGCGGGAAUGCGACCAAGCGUCCCGCGCAGAGGCCUACAGGCAAACCACAGUGUAAGGCGCGCCGCCCAGCGGGUCCCGACGCCAGCCCAGACGCGCAGGCCGCGACAGGGUCCCCAGCGGCCAGAGAGGCCAUGGCAGCUGCUGCAGCCCGCCGAGAAGCCAGGCUCAAGGAAAUACUCAGCAGGAGUACGCGCAGCCACGUGGACGACAGCAUCGAGCUCGUCCAGAAUGAGCUCCACGUCGUUGCGGACCACGCCAUCGUCACCAAGUCCCCCUUCAUCAAGAAUGACCGCCCAGGACAGUCCUCGGCCAGUACCUGCACCCGCACGGUGCCUUCAGGGCGCAGGGACCGCCUCGAUGAGCUCACGACGACCAUCGGCCUGAUCGGAGCUGAAUGGGUGCCCCGCGAGUUCCUGCAGAACGAGGAACUGGAUGAGCAGCAGAUGUGGUCGAACUGGUGCGUCCCCUUCGUGCUACAGCUGAUGGAGGCCAAGGACAUGAACUGCCUGUUCAACGCGACCGACGAUGACGACCACUGCGACUACAAGAAGCAGCUCGCGGAGGAGGUGUGCUACACUGCUUGGGGCCGCAGCGCCUCCCUCCGCGAGGUCUUGCGCGCCAAGAUCCGCGAGCGAAGGCAACAAGGCCAAGAACUCACCGAUGACCAGCAACGCAUGGCCAGGACCUUCCUCAGACUCAGCGGCACGGGCAGCCCAGAGUCCCAGCCGCUGGUCCUCCACAGCAGCGAAGGCCAGCAUGACGAAAGCGGAGGCGACGGCAGAGUCAAGAUUGGCUCGGCCGAGGCCGUGGCGUUGCUCUUGGCUGCGGCAGCAGCUCGGCCCAGCCCCCGCGAGGACGAGGCACGCAGCGCUGGCGACGACCGACCAGCUGCGCCAAGACCACCCGUUGAACAGGUCAAGAUCUGCCGCGACGACUGGAAGCACCGCCUGGAGGAGCAGAUCAACCACGCGACCCAGCCAGCGGCAGCCGCGGCAGCAGGUGCAGACGCCAGAGGAGGCGCGGAGCAGCAGACGCGCGCGGCGCGGCGGACGCGGCAGCGGCCAGGAGCGGACGAGGUGCAGCAGGCCGCCAAGGCCGUGCCCAAGCUCGUGGGCGUGAUUGCCGAGCACUUGGGCAUCGAGACCGGGUCUGCGGAUCAGGCCGAUUUGGAUUCCUCGCUGGAGAAGGAGCUCACCGAGUUCCUCGAGAACUCCAGGCUCUCGAAGUACCUGGACGACGCCCUGAAGUGGUGCGACGAGCAGGGUGCGGCGUCCAUCGAAGAUAUCGUGGAAAACCCAGAGGACUUCGUCGAGGCCAUGGGCUUCAAGCCGCUGGAGAGGAAGCGCUUCGACAAGGCCUGCGCGCUGGCCAGCGAGUGA